AUGGCAGCCGAAUCAAGCGACGUGGUGCAGGUCUCCAUUCCGCUGCCGCGGUCGUUGGAUACCCGCGUUUUCAUCCGCGUGGCAACCCAGGCCAAGGCGAUUCUCCUCUCUCUCACCACGGCGUCUCACGAGGAGUCGUCUUCGCUGAGGCCCAUGGGCUCUUUUGUCUAUGCACUCCCCGACAGAUUCGACCAGCAGCAAGCAAUCGCCACUACGCUCUUCUCCGCAGAGUCAUCUCUAGAGUUUACGACCCGCGUUGCAAAGCUCGUCGCCCGCAAGACGCAGCUGCCCGUGUAUGUGACAAACUCCAUCAGUCUCGAGAGCAUGGGCAUGGGCGGCACCGUUGAGGAGGAGAUGGAGGCGUUCAAGGGCGUGGCCGAGGCGAUCCUGAGCACCCUUCCCAAGAACGUGGUGCCCAGCUGA